AUGAGCUUUAGAAUUAUAAAAAUUUUCAUACUACUUAUAUUAAUUAAUACUAUAAUAAUAUAUUUAACAAAAACCCCAUUUACAAUAGGAUUAAUUUUACUAAUCCAAACAUCUUUAAUUUCUGUAACAUCAGGAAUAUUAAAUAUAAGAUUUUGAUACUCAUAUAUAAUUUUUUUAAUUUUUUUAGGAAGAUUAUUAAUUAUUUUUAUUUAUGUAUCAAGAUUAAUCUCAAACGUAAAAUUUCUUUUUAAUAAAUGAAUAAUAGUAAACAUUAUAAUAAUUAUUUUAAUAUUCAUAUUAAUAAUUAAUUAUAAUAAAAUAAAUUUUACAUUUGAGGAUACAAUAAAAUUAUCUAAUAUUGAUUUAAAUAAAAAUAUAUUAACUAAAAUAUCAUUAAACAAAUUAUUUAAUAAACCAAAUUUUAUUAUUUCUUUUAUAAUAAUAAACUAUUUAUUUAUUACACUAAUUAUUGUUGUAAAAAUUUCUAAUAUCAAUUUAGGAUCUUUACGAAAAACUUUUUAAUGUUACCUUUACGUUUAAAAAAUAGUUUAUUAAAAAUUAUAAAUGGAUCCUUAGUAGAUUUACCAACACCAUCAAAUAUUACAACAAUAUGAAAUUUUGGUUCAUUAUUAGGAUUAUGCUUAGUAACCCAACUAAUUACAGGAAUUUUUUUAGCUAUACAUUAUACACCUAAUAUUCAAAUAGCAUUUGAUAGAAUUAUCCAUAUUUAUCGAGAUAUUAAUAAUGGUUGAAUAAUCAAAAAUUUACAUGCAAAUGGGGCUUCUAUAUUUUUUAUCUGUAUAUACCUACAUAUUGGACGAGGAAUAUUUUUUGGAUCAUUUAACUUUAAACCAACUUGAAUUACAGGAACAACAAUAUUAUUAUUAACUAUAGCAGCUGCAUUCUUAGGAUACGUAUUACCUUGAGGACAAAUAUCUUUUUGGGGAGCUACUGUAAUUACUAAUCUUCUCUCAGCAAUCCCAUAUUUAGGAGAAUUCCUAGUACAAUGAUUAUGAGGAGGAUUUUCUAUUAAUAAUGCUACACUAACACGAUUUUUCACUCUUCAUUUUAUUAUUCCUUUUAUUAUUAUUAUAAUAACAAUUAUUCAUUUAAUAUUUCUACAUAAUACAGGAUCAAGAAAUCCUUUGGGUACUAAUAGAGAUAUUGACAAAAUGCCAUUUCAACCUUAUUUUUUAUUAAAAGACAUUGUAGGAUUUAUUUUAAUAUACUUUAUCUUAAUUUAUAUUAUUUUAAUAAAUCCUAAUAUAUUAGGGGACCCUGAUAAUUUUAACCCUGCUAAUCCUAUAAUUACCCCCCCUCAUAUUAAACCUGAAUGAUAUUUUUUAUUCGCUUAUGCAAUCCUACGAUCUAUCCCUAAUAAAUUAGGGGGGGUAAUUCUUCUUCUAAUGUCUAUUUUAGUAUUAUUAAUCAUACCUUUUUAUAAAAUAAUAAAUUUCAAAGGAUUAAAUUUUUAUCCAUUUAGACAAUUUCUAUUUUGAAUAUUUAUUAGAAUUGUAUUAAUACUAACAUGAAUUGGGAUAAGACCUGUAGAAAAUCCAUUUAUUAUUGUUGGGCAAGUUUUAACAUUAAUAUACUUCUUUUAUUUUUUAAUUUAUCCUACACUAACAAAAAUAUGGGAUAUUUUAUUAAAUUAAAUUAAACCAACAAAUCAAUGAACUUGAAUAAGUUUAUGUCUUGAAAACAUAAUAUAAAAGUUUUAAAUCUUUUAUUGAUUUAAACUUAAAUAAUUAAAUUUAAUAUAAUUUAUAAUAAAAAACAAUAAAAUAUAAAUUUUAAACCUAUAAAUAAAAUUAAAUAAUUUAAUGAAACAGGUAAAAUUUUUUUUCAAGCUAUUAUCAUUAAUUUAUCAUAACGUAAACGAGGCAAAGUUCCUCGAAUCAAAAUAAAUAAAAAUCUAAUAAAAAUAAUUAUUAAAUAAAAAAUUAAAUUAUAUAAAUCACCCCCUAAAAAUAUCAAAACAAAUAAUAUACUUAUAAAUAAAAUUCUUGAAUAUUCAGAUAAAAAAAUUAAUGAAAAUCCCACACCUCUAUACUCAAUAUUAAACCCAGAAACCAAUUCAGACUCCCCCUCAGAAAAAUCAAAAGGUGUUCGAUUUGUUUCAGCUAAACAAAUAAUAAACCAAACUAAAUUUAAAGGAAAAGUUAAAAAAAUAAAUCAAAUAAAUUCUUGGUAUAAACCAAACAAAAUUAUAGAAUAACCUUCAAUUAAAAAUAAAAUUGAUAAAAUCACCAUAACUAAACUAACUUCAUAAGAAAUUGUUUGAGCAACAGUACGUAAUAUCCCCAAAAAAGAAUAUUUAGAAUUUGAAGAUCAUGCAGAAAUCAUAAUAGGAUACACUCCAAUACCUAAACAACAUAAAAAAAACACUAAUCUAAAAUCAAAUGAAUAAAAAUUAGUAACAUAAGGCAUUGUUAUUCAACAAAUCAAUAUUAAUAUUAAUAUAAUCAAAGGAGAUAAAAAAUAAGGAAGAAAAUUUGAUAUUAAAGGAAUAGAAAACUCCUUAGAAAAUAAUUUAAUAGCAUCAGAAAAUGGCUGUAAAAUCCCAACAAUUCUAACUUUAUUAGGCCCUUUACGAAUUUGAAUUAAACCUAAAACUUUACGCUCUAAAAGAGUUAAAAAUGCUACACUAACUAAUACUAUAACAAGUAAAAUUAAUCUUCUUAAAAAAACUAUAAUUAAUUCAUUAAUAUAAAUUACUAAUUGUAUAAUAAAAUAUACAUAAAUAAAUUCUAAAUUUAUUACAUUAAUCUGCCAAAAUAGUUAACAAAUUUAAUAAAAUUCAUUUUAAAUAAAAUUAUAAUAAUUCAAAAUUAUGGUCCUCUCGUACUAAAAAUUUUUAAUAAAAUUAAGGAUAGAAACCAACCUGGCUUAAACCGGUUUGAACUCAGAUCAUGUAAAAUUUUAAAGGUCGAACAGACCUAAAUUUUCAAGCUUCUACACCCAAAAUAAAUUUUAAUCCAACAUCGAGGUCGCAAUUUUUUAUGUCAAUAAGAACUUUAAAAAAAAUAACGCUGUUAUCCCUAAGGUAAUUUAAUCUAAUAAUCUAAAAUAUAGGAUCAAAAAUUCAUUAAUUAAUGUAAAAUAAAAUAAAAAGUUUAUUAAAUUUAAUUAUCACCCCAACAAAAUAAUCAUAUUUAUUUCAUAAAAAUAAAUUAAUUAAUAAAAUAAAUUUAAUUAUAAAACUCUAUAGGGUCUUCUCGUCCUCUAAUAAAAUUUAAGCUUUUUAACUCAAAAAUUAAAUUCAAUAAUUAAUAAUUAUAAGACAGUCUUAAUCACGUCAAAUCAUUCAUUCCAGUCCUAAAUUAAAGAACAAAUUAUUAUGCUACCUUUGCACAGUUAGAAUACUGCGGCUAUUUAAAAUUUUCACUGAGCAGAUUAGACUUUUUA